AUGGCACCUCCACUUGAUUAUGAGCCCAGCAUAGCUCCAGCUGCAUUUGCGGCAGGCUGGCGUCAGAAGUUCAGGUCACAACCACAGCGGGUUCCCUCCACCUACAGUCUUCCCAAUGAUGAUUGUCCUUUCGAAUACGUGGACCAACCGCUGAAUACUGAAGCCAAUGAUGUGACGGGGAAUGAGGUUGACCGUCAACGUAUUGAAAGCGACAACUUGACAGCGGACUCUUCAAGCUUGGCUUUGCCCGACUUAGAUAACCUGCGGCAACAUUCUCCCGAGGUAAUCAUGGCACUGGGGGGCACGUUUAUCAGACAGGCGAUGGACGAGCAGAUCAGGCAGCAAGAUGUUUGGAACGACGGCAUACAACGGCAGAUGGAGGCCAUUGUUGAACACUACCGGAAAAUAGAUGCCCUGGAAGCGCAGGUGGCGGCUCUGCAAGCAAAGCUGGAUGUUCUAUGCGGUGACAAGGAAGCGGCUAAUGCAGGGCGCAGAUCGGGUGGCCGCAGACGCCAGGCACCAUGA